AUGGAUCGGAAAAGAUAUUCGGUGAAAAGACAAAGUUACGAAGAGGCUCAGAAACCUGUGUACGUCUUAAGCGAACAGUACGAGAACAUUUCCUCCGACGAAGAAUUUACCACAGAGAAUGACAGAGAUGAACAGCCAAAACAGCAAAGUGAGCUAGAUUUCUUAGAAGAUAUUUCGUUGGAUUCGGGUGAUAUACCAUCAGACGACUUUGUGAGGGACUUGUUGGACGCCGAGAACCUGACUCGACCUGAGGAGGAGGACAUAGACGAUGAGGGACGUAGUGAAACCCCCGAGAGUCGCGUGGAAUACGAAACCCUGUCCGAGCGUGAAGAAAGUGACAAUGAACACAACAAUGUGACGCAAGUUAAAUCAACAAUUUGUUUGAUUCUUAAUAAAGUGACCACUACUUUUCCUGAUGGAAAAAUUGAAGUUAGUAGGGAUUCGCAAAUCUUAUAUUCCGAAGACAUUGAUCCGGAAAACGUGGACUUUAACUCUGUGGCCAGUGAAGUAUUCGAGGAAGUGAAAGAACAUUGCCGAGAAGGAAAAACGCGUGUUAUUAGAGGAGACUUUUCUAUGUAG